AUGUCUGCUGAGAAGGGUCAUUUCGAAGAGGGUCACCAACCUCCCGUUUCCCAUCAAUCUAAAACCCCAGGUAAACAAACCGAGUUACCAAAAGAAGCCAUUAACGAUCAACUUCCCACCGACGAUGGUGGUUAUCAACCCUAUGUCGCCGCCGGCAAGCUCAAAGGCAAGAAAGCUUUAAUUACCGGUGGAGAUAGUGGAAUUGGUCGUGCCGUCGCUAUACUGUAUGCGAUGGAAGGAGCCGAAAGUUCCAUCAUCUACACACCAGACGAAGAAAAAGAUGCACAAGAAACUAAGGAGAUGGUUGAAGCCAAGGGAGGAAAAUUGCAUUUAUUCUCGGCUGAUUUGAAGAGUCAUCAGGCUUGUAAGAAUGUGGCUGAGAAAGCUAAGGAGACGAUGGGGAAAAUUAAUAUUUUGGUUUUGAAUCAUGGUACUCAGAUGAUGGUUGAGACUAUUGAUGAUUUAACUGAGGAUCAAUGGAUUAACACUUUCAAUGUGAAUAUCCAUCCAUUCUUCUUCCUUUCCAAAUACAUUCUCCCUCAAAUGUCCCGCGGAGACACAAUCAUCACUUGUGCCUCUGUAAACCCAUACGUCGGACGUCCAGAUCUCCUCGACUACACCGCAACCAAAGGCGCCAUCGUAGCCUUCACACGUGCACUCUCAAACCAACAAAUCAGCAAAGGUAUCCGCAUCAACGCCGUAUGUCCCGGUCCUAUCUGGACACCUCUCAUCCCAGCAACUAUGAAUGAAAAAGCUCAGAAGGAAUUUACGUCGCCGAUGGGUAGACCAGGACAACCGGUUGAGGUGGCGACUUGUUUUGUGUUUUUGGCAAGUAAGGAUAGUAGUUUUAUUAGUGGACAGAGUUUGCAUCCUAAUGGGGGGACGCAGUCCUUCUCAAAGUUCUGGUUUAGAUGGUGGAUGGUGGGGGAACUUCGUUCUGGGAGUGCGCAGUUUGUAGGGGGUAGGAGAUUUGUGGUUUGGAGAUGUGGGUGCUGGCUUUUUGUGGGAAUUGGAAAUGAGGAGGAGGGGGAGGGAAGGGGUGGCGGAGGGUGGAGUAAAGAGGAUGUGGUUUGUAAUACUGUCUUCCAUGUCACCAAGUCAAUAUCUGCACAGAUCUCUAAGCGGGUUCCGCUGAGAGAUUGUAUGGAGAGGAUUAAGGGAAGUGGAUGGAAUAUGGAAAGAUUGACGAAUGCCAAAAUACAGGCGUGGAGAGGGAGGAGAUCUGAUGGUUGA